GGAUUCUCAUCUGCACAAAACGCCCUGGAUCGAUUUCGGACCUCCAGACCUCCGGAACGAAGUCGCUCGUGACCGCGAGCGACCGCGACCGCGCAAGCGCGAGGCAUCCGCUGCUCCGCACACCUGGGGGCGCAGGAGGCGACGGCGCGACGGCGCAGCACGACCACCACCGUGACGACAACGGCGAGGGUGAACUCUUCCUCUCUGACGUCCACGCGCCCUGCCGCCUUCUCUCCGAUCUCUCCACCACCAUUUAGAGUUGGGGAAGGUGAACCUCCGCCUUCGUGGGAUCAGUACCAACUCCAAAAGUUCUACAAUGAGUCUAUCACUGCGAGAUCGCAUUAGAAAGAGGAGGGAGGAGGAAGAUGAUGACAUGAUGCUAUUUAUUUUCCCUACCUUAUAUCUUAUGAGUUCUAUUAGAGGGGGAGAAAGGAGGAAACGCCAUACUUCGGAAGAAACAGGCGAGGUUAAAGUUCGUAGACUCCUCAAGGGACAUGUCAAGAACUGUCAAGUUGCAUUUAGGAUGGAACCAUACAUCUUUAGAGAAUUGGCAACUUACCUUAGAAGGAAAAGGCUUGUUGUUGAUACUAGGAUCAUGGUGGAGGAGAAGUUGGGUUUCUUCCUAUAUAUGUUAAGUCACAAGUGUUCUUUGGGCACAGCAAUGACACCUUCCAUCAUCACAUCAACCACUUCUUCAAGGUUGUCAUUCCUACACUCUCUCGCCGUUUCCUUCAAGCUCCUAAUCCUAAUCAAGUGCAUCAAAAAAUCCAAGACAAUCCUAGAUUCUAUCCAUUUUUCAAGAAUUGUCUAGGUGCCAUUGAUGGAACUCAUGUUCCUAUUUCCAUAGCCUCUGAGAAAGCUUCUCCAUUUAGAAAUCAGAAGGGCACACUAAGUAUUAAUGUGAUGGUGGCAUGUGAUUUUGAUCUCAACAUCACUUUCAUUUCUAGUGGAUGGGAGGGAUCGGCUACAGAUUCUAGAGUGCUACGAUCAGCUAUGAGCAAGGGCUUCCAAGUACCUCCAGGCAAAUUCUAUCUAGUUGAUGGAGGGUAUGCGAAUACUCCAUCUUUCCUUGCUCCAUAUCGAAGAGUUCGAUAUCAUUUGAAAGAAUUUGGGUCUGGACGUCGAAGGCCACAGAACCCGAAGGAGCUCUUCAACCACCGCCAUGCACUGCUGAGGAACCAUGUGGAAAGGGCUUUGGGGGUGCUUAAAAAGCGCUUCCCUAUUCUAAAAGUUGCCACAUUCCACAUGUUGGAAAAUCAAGUAAAGAUACCUAUAGCUGCUGCCAUCAUUCAUAAUUUGAUCCGAUUACUUCAUGGAGAUGAGGAAUGGUUAGAUCAUCAGCCAGAUAAUAUCCCUCCAAGUACCUUAGUUGUUUUACCAAGUGGUGAUGAAUUGGAUGUCCUAAAUGUGGGUUCAGUAGAAGGCAACAGUUUAAGAGACACCAUCGCCGAAGAAAUAUGGGUUCAGUACCGACAACAUUUACAUUAGUCUUUGAAUAGGUUCUAAUAAGUUAAUAAGUUUGCAUUGUAAUUAAGCAGAGACUUCUUUUUAGUCUUUAAAUUAGUCUUUAAAUAGGUUGUAAUAAGCUUUUGUCAUGAAUAAGCUUGUAAUAAGAUUGGCUUGUAAUAAGUGAAUAGGCUUGUGUCAUAUUUGACAACGAUGGUUGGGAAGAGCUCACCAAAGCUCAAUAUAAUUGCAAGGGCAUCACCAAAGUUGCAAAAGUUCUUGGCAAACCCAAGUGGUAUUAAAAAGAAGGCUUCACCUAAAUGCAGUAAGGCAAAGAAAACUGGAGGUUCUCCAAGAGUAGUAAAGCAAAGAGCAGAGUGGAAUCCAGCCCUUGAGAAGUCCCGGGUAGACAUUCUCCAUGAGUAUAAAGAUAGUGGUUAUAGAGGUGACAAUGGUUGGAGCUCAGAAGGGUGGAAUAAGAUGGUGAAGGAGUUCCAUCUGAGGAACAAGUAUGUCAACUACACAAAGAGUCAGAUUCAAGACAAAGAAGUGCAACUAAAGAAAGACUAUAGGAUGCUAAAAGAGGCAAGACAACAGAGUGGGGCCACAUGGAAUGAAGAUAGGCAUAUGGUUGAAGGAACACCAGCUCUGUGGGCUAACCUCAAAGUGUCAUACCCUAAAAUCAAGAAGUUCCGGAACAGUAAGGCAAGAUUUCCACUAUUUGAUGCUUUGGGUGAGCUUUAUGAUGGUCAUUUAGCUGAAGGAACUUACAAUCUCACCUCCCUUGAGCCACCACAAAUUCAUGAUGUAGAUGACUUGGACAACAUUGAAGCUCAUGAGGUACUAGAUGAAAAUGAUUCGGUCACUGAGAUACAAAUGAGUUAGGCUAUUGUUGAAAGAAGUGGACAGUGAGAUUCUCUGUCACGAGAUCAAGAAAAUGAGGUCGUAGAUGUUGAAAGAAGCGAGCAGCAAAGAACUACUAGAUCAAGAAAAAAUCAUGAGAAGCAACAAAAGAGGCCUAAGAACAAGGGUGAAAGGAUUGAAGAAAUGAUGGGGAGAUACCUUGACAUGAGGACUAAACAAGUACAAAAUGAGUCUGCGGAUCUAGCAAAAGAAAAGGAGGAUCUAGCCAAAGGUUGCUCAAGGCAAUGACUUCUCUAUCAAAAGGUGUAUUUCUGUUUUGAGCACAAUGGAUGUGACAAAGGAAGAAAAAGCAAAGGCAUUUGCUGUCUUCAUCAAAAGCAAAGAGAAUAGAGAGGCCUUCCUAACUGGUUGUGAACUAGAUCAAGAAUCAACUUUGAUUUGGCUCAAAAAUGCGAUGGUCU